GUGGAGAUGACACCUUCUUCAACGUCUGUACAAAAACGGCGUAGCUAACGUGCGUAGUGACAAAGACGGCGAGCCUGAGACCUAUUGGGAAGGAAUAAAAAAAAGAAAUCCAGUAUCGCCGCUCUCCGUAAUCCAACGCUGUUUGAGUUGGAAGUCGUACCUGGAAUUAACGUCAGUUUGGGCUAAAAUUGUGCCUGACGGUGUAUCUUGUGAAUGCUGAAGUCGUUUCUGGGUUAAGGUAUUGAGAGGGCUUGCCACUGGACGUUCUCGGUCGGCUAAGGCGAGGGAGCCGCCAUGGCAGUCGGUUCUCCGAGGCUCCACAUCGGAAUAUGAAGAGGAACUGGACGGGCCAAAAACGCCGCAUUUAGCUUAAUGCUAACGUUAGCAUCUUUGUGAAACCCACCCUGGAUUCGGAACGAUUUUUUUGUUGUUAACCCCCGAAUGAGGCCCAAUUCAUGAUCAUUUUGUAGGAGACGUUUCUUCCAUAAGGGCCCCCUUGACAGAACAGCUCCAAGGAGGGGGGAGAAUGCACAUAUUUGGACUGAAAGUCUUAGUUUAUUAGGCGAGCUUCUCUUGUCUGUUUUCCCCCUUGUGGAGUUCAUUCGCUGUCGUCCCCUGCCUCCUGUUUUUUUAUUUUUUUGGAUGAACAUUUUCAGAGAUCACAUUAGUGCAAGCAAGUCUUCCGAGAACCACCAGCAAGCGCCUUGAUCAUGUCGGGUCGGCCAAGGACCACAUCCUUCGCGGAGAGCUGCAAGCCGGUACCGCAGCCGUCCGCCUUCGGCAGUAUGAAAGUCAGCAGGGAUAAAGAUGGCAGCAAGGUAACAACAGUGAUGGCUACUCCAGGGCAAGGCCCCGACCGGCCGCAGGAAGUUAGCUACACAGACACUAAGGUCAUCGGCAACGGUUCGUUCGGGGUCGUCUACCAGGCCAAGUUGUGUGACUCCGGAGAAUUGGUGGCCAUCAAGAAGGUGCUGCAGGACAGGAGAUUUAAGAACCGUGAGCUACAGAUUAUGAGGAAAUUGGACCACUGCAACAUCGUCCGUCUGCGCUACUUCUUCUAUUCCAGUGGAGACAAGAAAGAUGAAGUGUACCUGAAUUUGGUUCUGGAUUACGUUCCUGAGACGGUUUACAGAGUGGCCAGACAUUACAGCCGAGCCAAACAGACUCUGCCCAUGGUUUAUGUCAAGCUGUACAUGUACCAGCUCUUCAGAAGUCUGGCAUACAUCCAUUCGUUCGGGAUCUGCCAUCGGGACAUCAAGCCUCAGAACUUGCUCCUGGAUCCCGAGACGGCUGUGCUGAAACUCUGCGACUUUGGCAGUGCCAAGCAGCUUGUUCGUGGCGAGCCCAACGUGUCCUACAUCUGCUCUCGUUACUAUCGAGCUCCCGAGCUCAUCUUUGGGGCCACCGAUUACACCUCCAGCAUAGAUGUCUGGUCAGCAGGCUGUGUGCUUGCAGAGCUGUUGCUCGGACAACCAAUCUUCCCCGGUGACAGCGGAGUCGAUCAGUUGGUUGAAAUUAUCAAGGUUCUCGGCACCCCAACUCGGGAGCAGAUCCGCGAGAUGAACCCCAAUUACACAGAGUUCAAAUUCCCCCAGAUCAAGGCCCAUCCUUGGACUAAGGUGAGUCAACAGACGUCUGUGUGUGCGAUGGGUGUGCAGGUGUUCCGGCCGCGUACGCCCCCAGAGGCCAUCGCUCUGUGCUCGCGCCUGCUGGAGUACACGCCCACCGCCCGCCUCACGCCCCUCGAGGCCUGCGCGCACUCUUUUUUCGACGAGCUGCGCGACCCCAACGUCAAGCUGCCCAAUGGGCGUGAGAAGCCCUCGCUCUUCAAUUUCACUACCCAAGAGUUGUCCAGUAAUCCGUCUUUGGCCUCCAUACUCAUCCCCGCCCAUGCUCGCAGUCAGGCUGCCGCUUGCACCCCAACCAACGUCUCUGCCACCACCGAUGGCAGCAGCACAGAGCGAUCCCCUAACACCACCAGCGCCUCGGCUUCCGCCUCCAACUCCACCUCCUGAGCACCCUUCCUCUCCCGACCGGUCUCAUACCCCCAGCCUGCGGCCUCCACAUUGUUGUCCCGGGUAGCGCAGCCCGGCUACAACCACAAAUGAAAAUCUGCCUUUGACCUCCCCUGCAAACCCCCUUCACAGACCCUUCAUCCAGCUGUCGGUUGUCUCCAAGUAGGCGGGGCGACGGCCCACCGAAACAGGUGUGUGAACUUAAGAUAAACAUACACUUUAUUGUACACAAAAAGCCUCGUUCGUCUCUUGAUGUUUUCAAGGAUGAUUGUAAAAAAAAAAGGAAAGAAAUAGUCAUACUUGCCCCCCCCCCCAAUCCCCUUCACAUCACCCCGUUUUUCAGAAUCCCGGCCCAAUUCUUCUUCAUGUUUUUUUCCUCCUGUACAAUGCAUGGUCUAAGAAUGGUUAGGGAAUGUGGCUGUCGGUGUUGGGCGGAGUCGAAGCAUGAGGCUUGUGCAAACGCGCACACACACACACACACACACACACACACGGAUGCAUGUGCAAAAAAGCAAAUCCAGAUGGGAAUUUUCUUUUCCCUUAGCCAGGGCUUGUUUUUAACACGCUUUGCAAGCCGUUUUACUCAACUUUGUUUUAAAAUAUUUUUCUACCCCCCCAACCCUCAUUAUCAUUAUUUUUAUGUCGGAUGUGACAUGUUUAUCUGGUCCUGUAUGCUUGUACAAUAUAUACAUACAAAAAAAUCGCAUUACAUACACAAUUUAUAUAUUACUUUUCCUUCUGUAUAAAAAGUAUAUAUAGAUAUAUGUAUAUUAACUACUAUGGUUCAGAAGUCUGUUAAUGGGUGAGUUCAUAUAAAUCACGAGUGGCUGCAAUAUUUGCUGCUGACAACAAAAAAGGAGUGGAUCACCUUUUUUUCCCUUGCUUUUGCUGGAAUGUACUAAAAUUUCAGCAUCCCUUUUCCCCCCCCGUUCUCCAUUUGUCAUUUUUAUUGAAGCUGUGGAUUAGGGUGGGGUACCUCUGUCCAUAUACAGCCUGCCAUGCUGUUCAAUAAACAUCCAAAUUCAGUGUCAGUGUCAUGAAAAGUGCUCAUAAUAUAUACGAGGAAUAUUUGUGCUUCAUAUGUAUUUAAUAUUUUUUUAAUGAAUUUUUGUGGCCUUCAAAGGACAAAUUUCAAAUGGGACCUUUUUGCACAAACAGAAAGGGCAGCUGAUUGAAAAAAACGACAAUGGGUUAUCUGAAGAGAAACUAGAAUGGCCCCUGAUCGGAAAAUCUUAAAUGGCAGCUCAUUGCACAAACUUAAACGCCGUCUUAGAGGAAAAACUAAAAUGGUCCCCACCCUUCUCUUUUAUAACCACUAAGCUAUCCUACCGCCAUUGCUCAAGUUCAUCGAUGCGUCUUAUUGCUAACAGAUAACGCUCACGACAGACAAAUAAAAAAAUAAAAUGAAAAAAAAAGGAAAAAAGCUGAAAUUGUACAUACAAUAUAAAUGCUCCUCACCAAAAGUCAUUUUUACGUUGGUUUCUUUUUGUGUGUUAUGUACAUACGCAGACCCAUGUACUGUUUAACAAAAAUUUAAAAAAAAAAAAAAAAAAACACCAACGGCAGAAUCAGGGCAAAUGUUGAUCGGUUGAUGGAUAAUAUUUUCAAUGCUCUUUAUCCAGCCAUAUGUCCGAUGUUGACCUGUACAGUACAGUAGAUCUUCUUGUAAUGACAACUAGUCAUGUAUAGUGUAACGAUAGUUUGGAGUGCCUUUGCUUUCAUACACCUUCGCCUUGUCGCCACCCCUCCUGUAAUCGUGACUCGCCACCUUUUCCCCUUUGGUGCUGUUGAAUUCCCCCCAUCGGCCACGCGCACACACACACCCUUAAUUGUAAUAUAGUAGGUUGUUGAUGGACUGUUAAGACUAAGGAUCGCUUCCUUUUGAGUGUUUAUUUGACUAGGUAGUCUAGUUUUAUCCAGGACGCGCACGCAAGCAGGCAGCACCGCAGUAGUCCACAUACACGGACAAACCUCAAAUGAAGUUUUUGACAAAAAAAAGAAAAGAAAAGAAAAAGAGAGACUGUACAUAUUGUGAAGUGCAGUACAGAAUGACGAGGGAGUAUUAGGACCACACCGAAAGCAGCAAAGUAAAGUGGAAAUGAUGGAAUUGCAAGAAAGUGGAAAUGUUGCUAGCACAAAGUUUUAAUGUUAUACGAGAAAUGUCCAGACAAAAAUGGGAUACGGAUUGAAAAAACCUUUUUCUGAAAGUCCAGGACAAUAUUGUGUUUAUACAUGCGAGGGUCCACGUGAAAGAAAAAAAAAGAGAGAGAAUUUAUUAAUAAAGUUAAAAUACUUUGAUAAAAAAAAAAGGUUGGAGUAAUGUGAAAUUAUCAUAUUACAAGAAAAAGCUUGACGUUGAAACUUGAGCUAAAAGUGACGAGUUGUGACGAUGUUAUGGUUUCAGUACAAAUUUCACACAGAAAUUAAAUCUAAAAAAUGGGAUUUAAUCCUUGGGACACUACAACUUUUUUGUCUUAUUCGGCCAUUUCUCGUAAGUACCGGUAAUAAUAAUUCCCCCCAGAAAAUUUGACUUUAUUCCCAUAAACAGGUUGAAACAAAUGAUUGUAUUCAUGAUCGUUCAAUUACAACAUUUUGACUUGAGUUCCGAUCCUCGUAACAUUAUUCUCCUAUUCCAAACUUUUCACCAAAACAGAAACCUUCUUUAAUGCCUUAAAUCUCAUAUUCCACAUUUAUUUAUCAUAACACCGCACCUUUUCCCUUGUUCUUAUUCUCGUAUUGUUUUGUCUUUCUCAAAAAAAAAAUCUAAUAUUUCUUUCGAAAGGAAAAGUUGGAACAUUGAAGUAAUGAAGAUAACAAAUUCAUCUGUGAUACUACACCUUCAUACUUGUAUCAUCUCAACUUUUUUUCCCCUUGUAACGUUUUCUUGUAUCAUUACAACUUAACUCUCAUAAUAUUCCACCUUUCUAUUGCCUUUUAUCCUCCUCAUUGUGACUUAUUCUCGGUAUAUUACGACGGUUAGAAAAAAAAAGAUCUUCCAGUUAGAGAGGAAAAGUUGUAAAAUUAGAAGAAUUGAGAUGACAACUUUAGGUUUAGGAGUACGACUGUUCUCGUAAUCGUCAAACAUUGUCUUUACACUCGUAUCACUAUGACUUUAUUCACAAACCGUUAAAAAAAUUUUAAAAACCCAAGAAUUGCUUGAGAUAUCACUUCCAACAGUUAAAAAGUUAUGAAAUUGCAAUUGAGCUGAGACUGCAGCUUCAUUGAAAUAACAUUUCUCCUUCUUUGCUCUUAACCACUUAAUUCUUCAAUAUUACGUGACGACAUUAGUCUCGUGUCAUUGCAAUCUUUACUUGCAAUUUUGUUCUCGUAUCAUUUGUUUUUUGGGAGGCGUCUGGGGGGGGGGCGUUAUUAUACACAUACUAUUACUAUUCGAAGUCGAACAUUGUACAACUUUGUAACAUUACACUUUUAUUUAGUUUAACACGUCCAGUUUUACAUUUAUUUCGUAACUCCAUUGUUAAAAUAUUGGGCCUAUCCUUGGAAUAUCACAACUGUUUAUGUACCAUACUUUAUUCUUAUAUCGAUGCAACUUCAUUUUCACAAUAGUCCCAACAUUAUUUUCACAAGAUUACAACUAUAGCCACUUAAUUAUCAAAAAUGUGCAUCUUCUCAUAACAUGACCGUUGUAAUGGAAAUGCCCCCCCUUAUUUGUGGCCCGAGCAGUCCUUAUGUUGGUUGUUGGAGGUAGUAACGUGGAGUUGUUUUCCUUUUACCGUAUAUCUGACAUCUUUGGGAAGCUUAGUCCAGUAUUCAGUAGCACCUAAGGGUUCGAGUCAUGUGACAUCUCUGCCGCUUCCUGCUCGCUGUAAUUUUGCAUCCAAACAUGUUGAAUCCUUCCACAACCUACCAAAUUCCCCUCUCCAAAACAUGUACUUCAAAAAAUAAAAUAAAAACCCACACCACAAAGGGUGCCAAAAAAAAAAAAGUAAAGUGGAGAUGCUCGUGUUUCAAGGUAGCAUAGCACAAUGUGCUAACCAGGUUUAAGAAAAGAGAAUUGUUGAAGAUUAUUUAAAAAAAAAAAUCCCAUUAUAACAGUACUACUACUUGAAUGACUCUGUGACUGAACAUUUUUAUUUUAUUUGUUUUUCUUUUGUUCUGUGAAGAAAUGCUAAAUGUGCGCCUCUGUAAAUAUUCCUUCUGCGUGCUCUGAGGAAUAGCUCCCUGGUACUGUAAUUUGCAUUAAAUAAAGAGUAGGAUAGCCUGGAAAUUAA